AUGUUACACCCUAUUCUCGAUAUUGAUAACUUCAACGUUGUAUUGGCGGUAAUAAGCACAUACAUCCUCCUGUUCGGAUUCAUAUCGCUGAAAAUCAAACAAAGAUGGUACCUGGGUGAAGCUUUGCCUGCUUUCCUAACUGGCAUCGCUUUUGGACCGGCUGCGGCGAGGUUUCUCAAAGUUUCUCAAUGGGCCGGUGACGAUGGCGAUGGAGACCACGAUAUCACUUACGAUUUGGCUCGCCUGGUCAUCGGCAUCCAAUUAGUCAAAGUUGGAUAUCAAUUGCCGAGGAAAUAUCUGAAGGAACGGUUCAAGGAGAUGACCAUCUGCUUGCUUCCACUCACUGCCAUCGGUUGGCUUGCGACGUCUGGAUGCAUCAUGCUCAUGAUUCCACGUAUUUCCUUUCUAUCUGCUCUUAUAAUCGGCUCCUGUGUAGCAUGCACAGACCCGAUCCUAUCUCAAGCCAUUGCCAAGGGCCCUUUUGCUGACAACUAUGUUCGUCGCCCUCUCCGUGAAUUCAUCUCGUCCGAGGCUGGCGGUAACGACGGCUUUGGCUUCCCCUUCCUACUACUGGCUGUGGCCCUUUUGCGAUACGCCGAGGCACCUGACAACACAGCCAGUCUGGGAGAGUUUGAUUUGGCAAGGGGGAUCCCGGAUUCGCUGGGCACGGCUGAUAUCGGACGUUUCGGCGGUGGAGUUACCCGCGCUUUAAGGCACUGGGCUAUCGAAGGCGUGCUCUAUAUGAUGGUAUUGGGCUCAGGAUAUGGUGCGCUCAUAGGCUUCAUAAGCCGCAAGCUUCUCAACAUCGCUUCUAAGAGGAGAUGGAUCGAUAACGAAUGUUUCGCCCUCAUGCCUGUGGCUAUCGGGUUAUUCAUUGCCAGCACGUGCGGCUGCUUCGGCUCCGAUGAGACGUUGGCUUGUUUCGUGGCCGGGAACGCACUGAACUGGGACGGUCUGUAUCACACCGAGUCGCAGGCACGGCAUGACGCCUUCAACUCGACGCUGGAGACGCUGCUGAAUUUUGGGAUCUUCAUGUACCUCGGCGCGGUGAUGCCAUGGGAUCAAUUUCAUAUGCCGGACACGACGGGCAUCACCGUAUGGCGGCUGAUCGUAUUGGGAUUUUUGAUCUUGCUUUUUCGUCGUAUGCCGGCCAUCCUACUCGGGUACCGGUUUAUGCCGGAGGUGUGCAGUAACUGGAAGGAAGCCUUGUUCAUGGGAUACUUCGGGCCGAUUGGUGUAGGGGCGAUUGCAUAUGCAGAAUAUACUCGCCGAUUAUUCCCAGCCCCGGGGAGGAGUGAUCGAGAAAUCAACGACUUGACUGCUGCCAUCUCUCCAGUUGUGUACUGGCUGGUUCUAUUUUCUAUCAUCGUCCAUGGCCUGUCCGUCCCCGCGCUCAACGCUCUAUACAAGAUAUUCAAGGUCCCCUGUAUCUGCGAUCACCCGGUGGAAGUCGUCCUCCUCUCGGAGAACGAGCCCCUCCCGAACAACAGUACAGUCGAACCAGGGCGCCACUCUAUAAUCCUGAAAAACCGCUUUUCCCGCGCACCAGACGAGGAAGCGCAAACGCGACGAUUCUCCCGCGAUGAUACAGAGGCAAUACUGAGACAGAGUGAAGAAAGUGCGGAUCGACCCUGCACGCAAGAGUCGAUGCAAAAAGUCGACCGAGCAGUUGAUACGAGGGAUAUGGUUUGA